AAAAUAGGUAAAUAAGGUCAACCACAUGUUGAGAGGAACUAGAUCGACAUUUAAAAUUAAAGCCGCGUGUUUAAAUUUUACAUAUAAUCUGCUGUAUUGAAGGUAUUGUUUAUACCUUUGGGCGCUUAAAACAUUUUGUGCUUUUAAAAAGGAUUAAAACAUGGAUCUUCUAAUAACAUCGAAACUUAAAAAACAUAAAACUCGUGCUCUUGGAUUUCGUCUACUAAUAUGUUACCUUAAGAACAACUACUUCAAAUUAGAAAAAAUCGAGCAGUGCUGGUUAUCAAUUACAUUUCAAUCUUGUAAUUCAUCUGAGUUACGUUUAUAUGGUGAUUUAAUAUUUUCUGCAAUGGCACUUCUCAUUGACAAGAUCCAAAACGACGGUACUUUAUCAAAAGCAUUUGCAUCCACUUAUUUAUCUAAAGUUGUUGAAAGUUUAUCUCUGACCGAAAUAUAUGAUAAUGAACGCUGUACACUUGCUGUAUUACAUACGAUCAAGCGAUGUCUUAAAUAUUACCCAAAAGCUUUAAAAUCUGGAGUUUCGUCCAUUGAAAAGGUUUUAAAAAUGUUAAUAAACAACAGUAAUGCUGAUGUUGUACAUGAAACUGGGGUGUGUUGGCUUUUGUUGCAGAAUACCCGCGUUAGUUUCAACAAUGAACACUCUAGUAAUAUAACUACAUGGAAAGAUUUCCAAUUAUCUUUAGUUAAUAGUCUUUAUUAUUUUAUAAAAAGAAUAUUACCUAACUCUGAUGAAACUUAUGAAGACGCUUUUAAAUCAAGUAGCUUUGGGUUUUCGACUUUAAAAGUGAUAGAUGAAAAAGAUCCUUUUGAAAGAGCCGCACUAGUUUUUCAACGAAUUUUUAAUCUUAUUGAAUAUUUAAAAGUUGGAUUAAGCAAACAAUUCGCGCAAUCAAAAUAUGUUUGUACUCAUCAAAUCUUGGAUUUAAUAAACAUUGGUCUUAAAUUACAUACGAGCGAAAGAAAUAAUUUGCGAAUUGACCAUUCAUAUUUGGGAACUUUUUUACCGGAAAUGCAUAUGAAAUUAUUGGAACUUUUGGAAACUCUUAUUGACAUUUGUUACACACACCUCAGGAUGGACUUUCGACUCGUUCUAAAUAUUUUAAUAGAUGCUCUGGAAUGGACAAAAUUAAUGUUUUCGGAAGCAAAUCAAAAUCAAGUAGCCAAAAUACGCGGAAUUGUAUAUAGAGUAAUAUCAUUGUGGUGUGUUACUCUGCGUGAAGGAUGCCACUCCGAAAUUAUUUCUGAGGUUCUUAUCAAAGAAAUAUUGGACGAUUUAGUUCCGAGACACCCAACUUCAUUUUGCCUCAAAAAUUCAAGUUUAAAUCCAAAAUGUUCAACUGAAAACAUUUUUUCAAUUUUGGAGAUGUCACAUAGCUGUGAAAACUAUGACCUGUUAUGUCAGCAAGCCCAUUUUUGCCUUCAAAAUGUUUUAUCAUCGUCCGGUCAUUUGCUAAAACCCUCCCUUUUAAAGGACGUGCACAACGCCUUAUUAAAAAUUUGUCUUCAAAUGCAACCAGAAUCAAUCAAAAGGACGUAUUCAAAUAACAUUACCAAUUAUAGCUUGGAAGCUCUCAAAACAAUAACAUUUUUAUUAAAAUCACGGAAUUAUGGAUGUCCAGCACCUUCUGAAAUUAUUAUGACUCUUUUAGACGACUUUCGUUUAUUUGGAAAUAGUACUGAACUACGGCAAAUAAAUAAUCUUACCACUUUUGAAAUAAUGCUUCAUCCUCAAAAAAUAGAUAUUCGAUUUAAACAAUGUGUUGACAAUUUAAAUGUUUUAAGUUGCGUAAAAGACGCGGCUCAAACAAAUGUUAUCGAGGACAUAUACCAAAGUUCUGUUUCGAUUCUUGAAAAUGAAAUAAGUUUUUCACAAACUACUGAUAAAAACGAUAAUCCAUUCAAUACUGAAAAUGAUAAUUUAAAGGAACCAAGCCCUAAAAAAAUUAAAAAAAUUGACUUCAACGAUAAAUUAAACUUGGGGUUCGACGAUAAUUCGUUGCCUAGAAAUAAACCUUCUGAUAAAGCUGAUGAAACUCUGGCCAAAGACAUGAAGGCAGAGUGUAUUCGAAUUGUGGGAUCGUCCUCAAAACCAUCAGAACAAAACCUUAAAGGGCCAAAGGAAACAAAAAACAAUGACAGCCCACAGUGUUAUAAUAAAAUGUUCCGGGAAAAAGAUUUGCUUAUAGACUUAGAAUUAUUGGAGGAUGAUAAAAUGAUAGCAGAGUUGGAAGCAAAGUUUGUUGGAGAGCUUAAGUAAAUAGAUAUUAAUAAAAAAAUGUUUUAAAAUUUUUUUUUAGAAAUGUACUGGUGUUUUAUAUUAUAUUUUAGUGUAUAGAAUACAAUUUUCUCAUUUGUCAUGGGUAUACCAAGCUAAGAGUUUAAAAAACUUCUGUUAGCUUAAUUUCAUAUUUCAGCUACGAAAAUAAAAAAUCAGCACCAGCCACCGUCCUUUUAUGCUUACUGUUGUAACCGAAGUCACCAGCAGUUGUAGCUUUUGAAUUUUGCUCAACGGUUCGCCUUUUUGCUUGUGCUCGAUACCGAAAGAGUGUCUAGCUCAGCUGAGUUUGAGGUUUGACCCAUUUUCUUCGAUUGAAUCUACGCCCGGUUACCUUUACGAACGGACUUCUCCAGAACUUUCGUAUAAAUUUAACUUGACUCUUCCGUUCUGGUCCCAUUUUCCUUCUCCAGCCAGCUUUAUGUGCGGAUACAAAGUCCGCCAGUUUGCCGUUUGACACGUUCACGCUCUUGAACGUCACCGUUUGGACUUGACCUCUCCCACACUCCAGCCUCCGUCGCUGUUGCUAGGGGCGGUUCCCUUCCAUCUCCAUUUGUGGGAAGUAUUAAGACUCCUCACAAGUCAAAAAACAAAAAGGGACCGAAGUGUCUUGGAAGUCGCCCAAGAAAAAAACUGCAUACGCCCCUGCUUAACAGGUCUGCCAAAAAUAGUUAGUUAUAUUAUUUAUAACUCAAGAAAUUGGGGUGGUAGCUCAAAGCCAGGUCGUGUGACUAUGAUGACUGUAAUGACCUGUAAACAGCCCAAUAAAUACAAACCAACUGCACGCAAUUACUCAGAUAUCCACAAUUAGGCUACAUUUAAGUGGCCACACUCUUUUUUUUAUGUAUGUAUGUACCAAAAUAACACACAUACAGCCGAAAUGAAUUUAAUUCUUUAUCGGUCUUUUCUAUUUUCUUGUUUUGUUUUUUUUUUCUCUCGUCGCCAAUGUAAUGACCUGUAAACAGCCCAAUAAAUACAAACCAACUGCACGCAAUUACUCAGAUAUUUACAAACAAUAUUUAUUAGUUUCUCGGUGCGACCCGCACUCUACAAUAGGAUAUAUCCAGACUGACUCAAUGACAGCUAGAAUGCUCUCCGCUCUCAGCAACGCUGGUAGUGACAGGUUGCCACAAUGACCAUGAUCCUCCAAGAGGAAUCGGUUAAGGGACGGCGGAUCCUCCCUACCGCAAUCACGCGGCGUGUUGACGGGGUUUCAUGUUCGGUUCCAGGUCACAAGAAAAUUUGAAAAUUUGGAGAAAUUUUCCAACAUGGCUGAACGCCCGACUUCCGCUCCGAUCGCAAAUUGUUCAAUCGGAUGCGGCCUUGCCCGAAGGUCAAGCUCGUGUGACUUUUGGUCCUAUCGAUAUAAAAAUCCCUGUUCAUUGAGUGGACAGAACUGUUUACCGUGUGUCGGCGGUUUACAAAUUUCUUGUCAAGGAUCCCGGAAUCCAAUUGAGAUUUGUACCCCAGCCAGAGAGCAUCUUUUCAAGUGGCGCACGAACAGACUGAGGCUAGCUAGAGUGGCGUAAAGUCUCACUAAAGAGGCCAAACUAUGUUGAGAGACCGACGCUCCAUAUAGAGUUUCACAAAGAAACGACAAUAGAGUAACUAUGUGAGUCAUGGUCGACCCAAACGUGCCGGAUGGCGAGUGCGAAGAGGCGGAUUUGAUGAAGAACCCAGAAGUGAGCGUAAGAUGAAUCUACGCCCGCCGUGAAGACGAAUUUGCGGCCCUGGUUGCUGAAGGCGUGUGCCACGAUGGGGAGCAGGGGCUAUUUUCCCGAAACAGUGUGAAAACGAUUCAUAGAAUUACAAGAAUUCUAUAGUUAUCGCGCUCCAAUCCAGAGCAGACAAGGGAAAAGUGUAGGCUCGACACAAGGGGACUUUUUAGAUUGGGGAAACAACCACCCGAACUCAAUAGCGGGAUGGAAGCGUUAACGCUGGAAUCACCAUUAAGAGUCCCCCAUCAUCGCCAUUUGCUUCCAAAACGAAUGCGCCAAUGAAAUACAAGGUUCUAGAGUUUGAUCGAUAAUCGCCGAAUUCGAGGAACAAAAAGUAACGUAUGGUGGCGAUCAGGAAGAAGUCCCACUGAGAUUCUCGAAGGUAGGGUAACCUGUUGGUUUCUUACGAGCCACUUGCAGACCGCCUCAUGCUUAACGUUACAGCGGGAAUGCCUGGAUAUCUUUUUACCGCCACGCCAUUUCAAACGUUUGAAAGAUUGAGAUCAGGGGCCACGUUCAAGGAGUGGGAGAAAGGAAGGCGUAAGUAGGGACAACCCGUCUGAUCACGGCUACAGUGCGGUGAUCAAUGGGUGGGGGACACAAAUGAAUCUGGACCGUCAAGUUUUGUAAGAGAAGGAUUCACCCGCAUGGUAGCAAAACGUGAAGAAAUUCAUAUUAUUACAACGACGAUAGCGGCCUGCACGACAUGAAGCGAAAGCAGAAGAAGAAAAGACCAAACAAAGACUCUAGAACAGAGAGUGUCCAUCUGGAGUCAGAAGCGGAUGACUCACAGUGCCCCAAUAGUAUUAGUCAAGAAGAAGACAGGUGAUUGGCGUAUGUGCGUCGAUUAUUAACAAUUGAACGCUUAUUCGGUGCCGCAUGCAUACCCAGUUGGGAGAUUUGAUUAUAUCUUGGAGAAGUUACGACUGACAGGAUGUCAGAGGUUCAAAACCACCCGAGCCAAAGCGGCGGGUAAGAUGUUAACUUGCGUGGCGAAUAAACCUUUUGAUAUUGACGUGCUACGUACCAACUUAAAACGAUCGUUUCAGGCACAAAAACUAUAUUCUUCGGGGCCGGGAGUUGAGACCAAAAUUCGGGUACAAGUUAAGAUCCGCCAACACCACAUUUCAAACGCAAGCGAAGGCUUCGCUGCCAAACUAGCGCCUUACGACGGACCCUACGUCGUCACAAAGUUUAUAUCACUGAAUCCUUCUGCGUCGAUAAGGAGAAAGAAGACGACGCGCGGCAGGCAAGGUUUGAGUUACCUUAUUAGUCUAGAGAGGCCACGGACGAGGAACACUUCGGUGAUAUGCAGAAUAGGAGUAAACAGAUGGAUCACAAUAUGUGUUCUUGGACGAGACUGAGAGUCAGUUAGAAAGUGCAGCCGCUGGUGACGAGUUGGCCGCAACGGGUAGCGACAAGGCCAACACAAACACCUGGUGUGUGGUUGGAGUGAAGAACUUACAGCCCCAUCGAUGCCUUUGUCGAUCAAACAUCGGAGGAAUCAGCCUCUUUAGGCUUUGCGCAUGGCCUAGGCAACUCCGACCGUCGUCGCCGGGUCUCAUCACAUUCCAAUGCUACCGUUCUAUGUCCGGGAUGAGGCUUCUCGAACCGAACCCAAGCGGCACUGCCGGAUCUCUUUGGAUGAAGAGCUCCCCACGAUGUACUUUGCGGAAUACGACAAAGCAACCGACAGCAACGGCGGCGUUGAGGAACGUCCCCUCUUUUGUCGGCUGUUUUUCUAGACCAACGGCGAGGCAGGUAAACCACGGAACCACGGACGAAGUCGAGAACGGCCGCCCCGAGUGCAAACCGGAUUCGCCACAACGACCAGAGGAGAAACUCCUUCCUUUUCCCUGGCAACAAUGAUCUCCAUCCUGCGCUGCAGAGGACGAGGUCCUGAACCGGGUGUUGAAUGAAAUCCAAGGAGCCGGAUUGAUCGGAAAAUUCGUCAACGAGGUGUCAGAUGAGGCAACGAUGAACGAUGGUGAACGAUGCGCCGAUGAAUGAUCUUCCCACGACUUCUUCGGGGGACAUGUGCCCGAUGCCAGAGGGUUGGAUCGGGCCAUCGGAUCCGGUUCGCCGUAGACGAGGAUGGCUCUCGAUAUGUCAUCACAUGGAGAGGGGCGAGUGCUUUUUCGUCGACCCCCGGCAAGAAAGGGGAGGGUCUGAAGAUUUCCUUUGACGGCAAGACCGUCACAUUUGUUAUUCACAUCUGUAUUUACUCAUAGUUUUUCUAGUUUAUUAAAACAAAUGUCUGAAAUAUUAUUUUUGUCUUAUGUUAAGUGUAGACACAAAAAAUAUAGCUAUUUAAGAAAGAUCUUAUGAAAGGCACGGAGCCCAAAUAUAAUAAAUAUUUUUAUUAAAGCCGAAA